CACCCUACCCCCACCCCUGCUCCACAUCCCCCAGGUACACAGAACGUGAUUGAGGCUUGUGUGCAGACUGGAACACAGUUCCUGGUCUACACAAGCAGCAUGGAAGUUGUGGGGCCCAACGUCAAAGGCCACCCCUUCUACAGGGGCAAUGAGGACACCCCAUAUGAAGCAGUACACAGACACCCCUAUCCUCGCAGCAAGGCCCUAGCUGAGCGGCUGGUCCUGGAAGCCAGUGGAAGGAAGGUGCGUGGUGGGCUGCCCCUGGUGACAUGUGCCCUGCGUCCCACCGGCAUCUAUGGUGAAGGCCAUCAGAUCAUGAGGGACUUCUACCACCAGGGCCUGCGCCUGGGGAGUCGGCUGUUCCGGGCCAUCCCAGCCUCUGUGGAGCAUGGCCGGGUCUAUGUGGGCAAUGUGGCCUGGAUGCAUGUGCUGGUGGCCCGGGAGCUAGAACAGCGAGCUGCAAUAAUGGGUGGUCAGGUGUACUUCUGCUAUGACAAAUCACCCUAUAAGAGCUACGAGGACUUCAACAUGGAGUUCCUGGGCCCCUGUGGGCUGCGGUUGGUGGGCACCCGCCCAAUGUUGCCCUACUGGGUGCUGGUGCUUCUGGCUGUCCUCAAUGCCCUGCUGCAAUGGCUGCUGAGGCCACUGCUACUCUAUACACCCCUGCUGAACCCCUACACGCUGGCUGUGGCCAACACCACCUUCACUGUCAGCACCAAUAAGGCUCAGCGCCAUUUUGGCUACGAGCCCCUGUUCUCAUGGGAGGAGAGCCGGACCCGCACCAUCCGCUGGGUCCAGGCCAUGGAGGGUUCAGCCCAGUGAUAGUGGAGCCGGGGCCUGGAGCCCAGCGUGGCAUGUCUGUCCAGGUUCACAGCCCUCAAACCCUGGGUAGUGAGAAAAGGCUGCAUUCUAGAUCUGAAGGAGGGGUCUGAUGCCAGCCGGGCCAUCCUACAGUGCUCCACAUUUGAGUCUGCAUCCUGAUGCCUCUUAAGUUCUAGGGCAGGGGCAUCUUCACUCUCAGCCCAGGCCUGCUGGCUGGUUGGCAAGGGUCUGAUUUCCCCAGUGCCCUGAAUUGCUCCCAUCCAUUUCUGGCUUGUCAAGCAGGAAGUGGGUAGAAGUUUCACAGGCCCCGUGCAGGCCUUCUGACUGUCCCCAUGUGACCUUCAGAGGCCCUCUGGCUCUUCCUGCCACCUUUGGCCCUCCUUGGUGUCAUAUUCUCAUUAGUUACGUCAUUUAUCACUUUUAGACAUUUAUCUUUGAAUUCUCUUCAAUGAAGCCCGAGGAAAUCCGUCUAUAUUUACUUCUUCCCAACCCUUUACCCAAAUCAGUUUCUGUGGUGUUGUGAGAUCUCUGCCUGAGGGUGUCCCAGUAAUGCUGUAUCUGGGCAAGCCCUCAAUUAAAACUCUGUAUCCAA